CUAAGCCUCAUUUCCUCCCGAGCUCGUAGCCGUCGAGUGCUUGUGCAAAAUAUUUCAGAAAUGAGUGGCGAAACGUCUGUGACAUUUCUAAUUCCCGAGAGUUCAUGCCAGAAAGAUUUUGAAGUCUGGGCUUUGUUUGCUGAUGGUGCAAAAGAAAGCGUUCUCAUUUGUGACUGGGUAGACAAGUACCACUGUAGCAGUGCUCCAGGAUAUACCCAUACACUUGAAAACACCACUGCUCUAAUCACAGUACCACUUGACUUGGAAAAGAAACCUGACCAUUUCAUCUGUAACUCUCUCUUUAAUCCUAAGACUGACGCCAGCUGGUGCUAUUGCAGAAAAGCAGAGUUUAUCCCGGGACAGCCUGACAGUGAUAGUCCUGGGCAGGUUGCUUUAAUCGUGGGCCUGAGCGUGCCCUUGGUCCUCUUGUUCCUGGUCCUGGUCCUGGUCCUGGUCGGGUUUUUAAUCUGCAAAUAUUAUUUUGGACGAACCUUAUCAAUGUCCACACGUGAUCCUAAUGUGAGGACUGGUGAGUUCGAACCUUUGAGAAACCGAAUUAAGUAUAGAGCUGAUCGACCUUCUAGUGAUCCUAAUGUGUAUGUACUUGUGAGGAAGGACGUACCGCACAUUUCUGCGACUGACUCACAGAAAACUUUACUGACCUUUUUUCCAUGUGGAACUGUGUCUCCAAGAAAGAGGCCGAUGACGCAAAAGCCCCAUCCUGAAUUUUACAACACAAGGAGAGAAUCAGUUUAACUGUACAGAAAAUCCACCUUCUAGAACUUUUAUCAUUAAAACAAGCACGUCAUCUGUCCUCCAGACUUACAAAGAACUUUGAUGAGUUUGCCAACUUUAUUGUUGUGUGUUUCUAUCCAUUUCAUCGAUUAUGAUGACUGGAAUGGUGAUGGGACUGGAAUGAUUUAUAUUUGUGAACAUACCAGGUGACUAUAACAUAAGAGUGUUCACAAUACAGAGACAGGGUGGAGGAAGAGAGAGAGACGUCCUUCUUUGCAAAUAAUUUGUAAAACUUGUUAUUUGAUACCACGGUAUUACAAGAAAUACAUUCAGAUUUGUUUUUGCUUUAUUUGUAAGGUCCCAACAAAUUGCAACAAUCCACAUGAUGUAAAUUUGCAGCUUUUUGUGAUGUUUUAAUAAGAUACUGGUACAGCUGAAUGUUAAAUGUGUGGUCAGUGCCUGUACUUGCAUACCUUGGUGUAUAAAAAAACCCAUUAGUAGGUUGACAAAGGCUGCUGGUCUUUAGUAGACACCAAGCUCUCACCUUUGGCGCACAUAUAUGUCCAUUAUCAAGCCAGUAUCUAGUCACCUUUUCGUGUGUGCAUUUAUCGAUUUGUACUGAACAUUACUUCAUGUAAUUAUUACUUAAAUUAUCAUCUAGUGACAAGGAUGGUUCUUAAGAUGUAAGCAUGUCAUUGUAUCAGUUAGAAAACUGUUGUUAACCCAACAUCUAAUUCUUUUAAGUAUAUUUGUGAAAUAAAACGGGAAUGAGACUUUCAGGGACGCGUUCAAUUCACAAUUUCACACCACUCGAACUCACUGUGUACACACGUACCCACACGUGUUCUUUCGCUCAUAUAUCACAUAGAUUUGACGUGGGCAGCGACAUUUUUAUUAUUCAACAUUAAACAUUAAACACACACAUUAUUGCGAAUUAUAUACAGUAUGAAUGUCUUUCACGCGGCAACUUAUAAAUCAAAUUGGACGAAUUUUUUGUGUGUGAAUAGUUCGCUAAAUUCCUACUUACCCACACAACCACACUGCCUGGAGUAAUCGUCUGAGAGAAAAAAAGAAACUUCCUAGCAUAAUCCUCCUUUUUCCGGUCCAUAAAUUGAAAGUGCUGUCUCGGCAACACCUGGAUUAUAUGUCUACGAAUAAAUUCUUUUGGAAACAACACACAAGUUCCAAAGCGCAAUCUCCGCACACUGUGUCCGCCUCUAGUCCCUUCUCUCAGCCGUCUGCUGUCUUCCAAAAUCUUUUCUCCAUACGUACCAUCUACAAUUGCGUCAUAAUAUGACGUCAGGUUUUGACACCAAACCACUACGCAGAAACCACACUCACACACUGGUAAGGGCCAUAAUCCCUGCCUACCUAUUCCUAACAUUGUGCACAUUCAGAAAUGGAUAUAUAUAUAUAUUUAACAUUUUUUAUUUUAAAUAUGUUUAUCCUAAAAAUAAAAUUGUUGUAUAAAAAUAACUCCUACUAGGAUUUUUUUAGACUCACCAGUCUUCUGUGCUUGUAAGCUAUGCAUAUUAACCAUCUAAAAACAAAUGCAAGGUCAUGAUUAUUACAUGUAUAAUUUUUUUAUAAACGCUAAAGACAAUAAAAGAAGCAUGUACAUGCACAGCUGGUAUAACAUUUUAUCGCUAAAUAGCAAAAAAGAUGGUCACAACAUGGAGAGCUGAUAAAUCAGAUGUUAGCUAUAUUUCUGUAAAUAUUUCUGAAUAUACCUACAUUUUUGUAAAUUGAAACUGUAACAUUAAGAAAAAUAUGAUAAAAUCAUUACCAUUUCUAGAAAAAGUGACAGAAAAGUCACAUUAAACACAGACAAUACAUAUAAGAGCAUUUGAACAGACAGCUUGGAAAUAGUAAAUAAAUGAACUACUUGAAUGCCAUAGUUAAUUCUGUAAUGUUUAGUGCUUUAAAUCAUAUGUAUGUCAUAUUUGUGUGAUUAUUACUUUGUCUUUAGAGUGUCAAAUGGCCCAUGUAUUUCAACAGUGCUUUAGAAAAUAGACAUGCUAAUACUAGUCUGCAUACCACUCUCUGCUUAUGUGGUUCCAUAUGUGCUAAAUCUAUUAAGCGCCUUGCUUGAGCUGCUGUAGUAACAGGAUUUUAUAAAUCUUAUGUAUAUACUGCUGCUUCGGCAUACUAUAGCCUUAACUAUUUGCUAGAAUUGUGAAGCUCUUUGUUUAUGCUGUUGUAGUUCAUGGUUUUUAAAAUCUCAUGCAUAUACUGCUGUAAUGGCAUACUAUAAUCACAAUUUUUAAAACUCUUAUGAAAGGGAUGUGAUUAUAAACAGAAUUGUGUAUGUGUGUGUUUAUGUGAUAACAUUUACAUCUAAGUUUAGUAUUAUAUUUACAUUUUUAUAUGUAUAUUAUACCCACAUAUUAUCCGUGUAGUUGUUUUGAAAUUUUUAACCAUUGUUUAAUACAUAUUUUCUUGAAGUGGCAUUUUUAGUCAUUAUGACAACAACAAAUAAACAGUCUUUUAAAGAUGUCUCUAUUUUUGAAGUAUCAAAAUAUUCACAUCUGUGUUUGUGUGUGUUUUAGUUCAUUAUAAACAUAAAUGGAUAGAUGUGUGCUUAUAUGCUAACAUUCAAAAUAUUCACAUCAAUACAUCUGCGUUGGUGUUUUGUGUUUUUUUUUCUCCAAUAGUAAACCUGUCGAUAAUUUGAAAGUUUUUUUUAAAAGAAAUUAUUAUCUGUAGCCAGCAUAGCUUUGGACUGAAAAACAGCUUUUAGUUAUACCGACCCUUCUUCCUCAGUGACAUGAAAGUCAUAUUUAAAUUUAUAUUUAAAUCUU